AUGCCAGCAGCGGCACGAAAGAAGCGGCCCGCCGCCUCAGCUGCGACCUCUUCCAACCACGUCUCAAAUUCAUCGACUCAGAGCGCCGCCCCCACCACAAACACCGACGACGAUUCUUCCGAUGAUCCUGAUGUUCCGUCUUCCGGUGUCGUGGUAGGCAGCAAGAGAAAGAAGACUUCCAAGGGAAAACAAAACAAACGUCGAACCAGACGUUCACCAUCACCGGAAGUCCCUGAUCUCUCUGACCAUGAACUUGUCGACGACCGUCCCUACGACCUUGGAAACUAUGCGGUAAACCCACGGCCGGUCAGUCCUAACAGAUUGAGUCCUCGAGAUUUUGUGUUCCAGCUUACCGCUGGCGACAAGACCCUGGCCAACGUCAACCUACAAUACCUUCUCGAUCACAACUCAGGCCUUAGUGCUCUUCCUCCCACUAAUCAACAAACUCCAACUAGCAUCUUCAGCAAUGGUCAAGUCAACGAAGAUGACACCCUUGUCAAUGGCGACAACAAGAUCUUGACCGCGAAGACAAAUUGGAAGGACCUACCAUACGAGCUUCGCCUGCAUAUCUACCGCCUACUCUUCCUUGGACCUGCCUGUGUCGACUUCUCAACCCGGAAAAACCUCUCUCGUUCGUCGCAUUUCUUGAGGACCAGCAAGGAAAUCCAUAGUGAGGGGCUUGACAUUCUAUACGGUGAAAACUCGUUCCACUUUGACCGCAUCUUUCACCAUCGAGGAAGCUUUUGGCAAGAAAAGUGGACUGAAAUAGCAUACAAGGAUGCUCGCCGAUUCUUCGACACCAUUGGAAGCACCAACAUCUCUCAUAUCAAGUACCUCUCCUUCAACUUCGCAGACGGUACCCCAGGCAACAAUCCCGGGGUUGCGCUGCCUUACCGCAAAUACAUCAAUGAUGCCAACCUCAUGCAUAUUUUCAAAAUGGUGGCAGACAACACCACUCUGCAUAAGCUUUCACACUUUACCCGCAUAAGAUGCCGACACCUGGAGGUCUUCACCUGGUUUCGAGGCCAAGAGAAUAAGGCACAAUUCCCUGUGAGGCAGCAGUUGAGAGACAAAAUGCAAGUCAAAUUUGACAAGGACCAUGAAUCCGAUAGAGUCGAAAAGAAGAAAAGCAAGGUUCCCAUGGUAUAUGAGGUUGGACUACCUGGUAGUGUCUGGGUAAGCAUUCUUGAUUAG